GCUGCCGCAACUUGCGAUUAGCACUAUAGCGUGACUGGUGUCGAUUUUCGGUAACACUCCAGACUCUUCCAUCUCUCUCGCACCCUCAAUUACCUCUGACUUCUCUUCCGCAAUGAUAACAUCUGUCUUCCUUCCCGGUCCUGAAUAAUCACCGUCGGAUGCUCCGGAAGUCCUUCCUGCGAAUGCUCGUAUACGGCGUUCAUUGUUCGCUGCGCAGUCAUUGUUCCAAAUUAAGGACUUUGGUGAGAUGUUCCGAGCUUAACCUGCUGUCUGAUGGACACCGUUGCACAUAGCCACUGCCAUUUCUAGGAUGGCGCCAGCAGGAUCCAACUCACAGUGACUCGGAUUAAAAUCUCUUAAUACGCUAGUUUGGUCUGAUUCUCUCACAUCUCAGCAACGUGUGCCCGUUCAACCGAAUAAGACGCCAGCCGCAGAGUGGAUAAAAUGACAACCUUAGAUUUCUCUGAUGUCCCAACACACACUCCCAGCAUUUGUAAGUAAAGAAGUGAAAUGUCGUCCGGUUUCAGCCCUUUAUCUGGAUACUACGAGGAUACGACGGUACCAGUGUCCAGUCAGAGUAGAGGCCGUCCCUUUUCAAGUGCAGGAUCGGGUAAUUACUUAUUUUACGUCGGUAACCAGCCAUACGUUGGGAGGUUCCUGGAGCCUCUUGAGAGCGUUUCGGAGAUGAAGUGGGUACUUCGAUUCGGCAAUGGAAAGACAGCCGCAGUUCCCAAGAGGCUGUUGUCUCAAACAAACUAUCCUCUCUCUCCGGUCCCUCCCCCAAAGGGUAGCGUCUAGUGAAUGAUAGAUGCGUUGAGACAUUGAUCUCAUCUUCAAUAUAAUUGUACGUUAAAACAAUGUUCAGUUUCCCGGUAUUCAACCUUUUCAAUGUCUAAAUCCCUUUGCAAUGUAUCCUUCCGAGACACGAUACCCAUACUUGACACCCUUUCACUCGCUUCAAGGUAAUCUACCCAUGAUAUUGACUUACGAUCUCGUAGAGGCGACCUAUAAAUUGAUGAAUUACCUCGACCUCUGAGUCAGGCGGUCGGGCUGACUGGUAGCUAAAGCGAAUGUUAGUUUGCACCUCACGAAAAUUUGGGCUGCCUACGGAAGAGAGUGAUAGAAAGUUGGGGUGUGUUUUGGAGAAACAGGGAUACAAAAUGGACAUCUUAAGGCAUGUAGACUC